UUGGGAGGGAGUCGCCGAACCGGGCUGCCGCCGGCGGAGCCAGGGACUCAAACUCUUGUUCCAGGGUCUUGGCGACCGUCCUCCCCGCCCCUCUCGUACCAGGCCCUCACCGGCUCACGCGCGCCCUCCUCUCCGCCCUCUGCCCCCAGCUUGAGGCGUCGGACAUGCUGAAGCCCGGAGACCCCGGCGGCUCGGCCUUCCUCAAAGUGGACCCGGCUUAUCUGCAGCACUGGCAGCAACUCUUCCCGCACGGCGGCGGCGGUCCGCUCAAGGGCGGCGGCGCCGCGGGCCCCUUGGGCGCGCCGCAGCCCCUCCAGCCGCCGCCCCCGCCCCCGGAACGCGCUGAGCCUCCGCCGGACAGCCUGCGCCCGCGGCCCGCCUCGCUCUCCUCUGCCUCCUCCACUCCGGCUUCCUCCUCCACCUCGGCCGCCUCUGCCUCCUGCGCCGCUGCCGCCGCCGCCGCCGCGCUGGCGGGUCUCUCGGCCCUGCCCGUGGCGCAAUUGCCGGUGUUCGCGCCUCUGGCCGUCGCCGCGGAGCCGCUGCCCUCUAAGGACUUGUGCCUCGGCGCCGCCUCGGGCCCUGGGCCUUCCAAAUGCGGCGGUGGCGGCGGCGGCGGUGGGGAUGGUCGGGGCGCCCCGCGCUUCCGCUGCAGCGCGGAGGAGCUGGACUAUUACCUGUACGGCCAGCAGCGCAUGGAGAUCAUCCCGCUCAACCAGCACACCAGCGACCCCAACAACCGUUGCGACAUGUGUGCGGACAACCGCAACGGCGAGUGCCCCAUGCACGGGCCGCUGCACUCGCUGCGCCGGCUCGUGGGCACCAGCAGCGCCGCGGCCGCCGCACCCCCGCCAGAGCUGCCCGAGUGGCUGCGGGACCUGCCGCGGGAGGUGUGUCUGUGCACCAGCACCGUGCCUGGCCUGGCCUACGGCAUCUGCGCGGCGCAGAGGAUCCAGCAGGGCACCUGGAUUGGCCCCUUCCAGGGCGUACUCCUGCCCCCGGAGAAGGUGCAAGCCGGCGCCGUGAGGAACACGCAGCAUCUCUGGGAGAUAUAUGACCAAGAUGGGACACUACAGCACUUUAUUGAUGGUGGGGAACCUAGUAAGUCGAGCUGGAUGAGGUAUAUCCGAUGUGCCAGGCACUGCGGAGAACAGAAUCUAACAGUAGUUCAGUACAGGUCGAAUAUAUUCUACCGAGCCUGUAUAGAUAUUCCCAGGGGUACCGAGCUUCUGGUGUGGUACAAUGACAGCUAUACGUCUUUCUUUGGGAUCCCUUUACAAUGCAUUGCCCAGGAUGAAAACUUAAAUGUACCCUCGACAGUCAUGGAAGCCAUGUGCAGACAGGACGCCCUGCAGCCCUUCAGCAAGAACAGCAAACUCUCCCCUGCCACCCAGCAGCGCUCUGUCGUCUUCCCACAGACUCCAUGCAGCAGGAACUUCUCUCUCCUGGAUAAGUCCGGGCCCAUCGAAUCAGGAUUUAACCAAAUCAACGUGAAAAACCAGCGAGUCCUGGCGAGCCCGACUUCCACCAGCCAGCUCCACUCGGAGUUUAGUGACUGGCAUCUUUGGAAAUGUGGACAGUGCUUUAAGACUUUCACGCAGCGGAUCCUCUUACAGAUGCAUGUGUGCACGCAGAACCCCGAUAGACCUUACCAGUGUGGCCACUGCUCCCAGUCCUUUUCCCAGCCUUCAGAACUGAGGAACCACGUGGUCACUCACUCCAGUGACCGGCCUUUCAAAUGCGGCUACUGUGGUCGUGCCUUUGCUGGGGCCACCACCCUCAACAACCACAUCCGAACCCACACUGGAGAGAAGCCCUUCAAGUGCGAGAGGUGUGAGAGGAGCUUCACGCAGGCCACCCAGCUGAGCCGACACCAGCGGAUGCCCAAUGAGUGCAAGCCAAUAACUGAGAGCCCAGAAUCAAUUGAAGUGGAUUAACUGAUUGACUGGUUGGAAUUAAACUGCAAGGAAAGUCAUGAUUAAAUGUCAUGGACACUUAGGCAAAACCAAAGAUUUCCUCUGAGCAACUUUCAAUCAGUCCCAGAAAACCAAAAGCAGUAAUAAAAUAAGUAAGAUGUUAAGAGAUAUUGAUCCUGGCGUGGGAUUCAGACCAGGAGAGAGAUUAUUUAUUUAUGACUAGGGAUGAAACUCAUUUCAGUGGACAACUAACCUGGGAUGCCUCACAUUUCAAGUCCCACCGUGUAUUUGCUUUGUUUUUAAAAAGCUUUUUUAAACUGUUAUUUAAUACCAAAGGGAGGAAUCGUAUGGGUUCUUCUGCCCACAGUCGUGACUGAGAAUGCACAGGGACUUGUUUCUCGUUGCACCUUUUUUAGUAGCAUGAUUUGCGGGGACCCACUGUACAGCCCGUCUUCCUGCUGUCUCAGUUCGGCCUGGCCUGCCUCGGGCUGCCCCAGUGGGGACCAAGGGAGCAGAAGCAGAAGCCUUCACUGAGUCUGGGCCAUCUUCAGCCUCACGGGCUCUCCAUCCCUGUGUUUUCCACGCUUCCUUCUCAUGCACUUUUCUUAUGGCUCCUUCCAUCCAUCAGCCUGGUCUUGAUGCAGAAGAGCCUGGAAGAGGAAGAAGAUGGUUUCAAAAUUCAAGGGAAAAGAAAAGGAGGGACUUACUGUGUCCUGGCGGGAUUUCAAAAACAUUUCAAAUGUAUGGAGCUUCAUAUACAGUAUCUUGUUCCGAAGCAGCUAGUUGAGAAAAUUUUGUUAUCAAUUAACAUUUUAGCUUAAAAAAAAAACCCACGAAAAUAAAGUUCUUCAGUACGAGGCUGAAUAUAA